ACUUACCUCAUCUAGUGUAACAAAUCCAUAGGGUUUGAUUUAUACGAAGUUGAUAUUAAAUUUAUUUUGUAUUUAAGCACAACACAAAUAAUAUAUAUAUAUAUAGAUAGAUAGAUAGAUUAAGCCUGCUUAUGCUUCUACCCAGACAACUUCAAUUGGCAUUUGCUCCUAUUCGCUUAAAUUACUGUUUCUUCACGUCGAGGCAGCAAUUUCGAAAUAUAAGAAAUUGCAGGAUUCGCUUCCAGUCUACAUUUACUGAAAAUUCAGUAAAGUCUUUGCCUUCAAGAGUAAUACCAGUAUAUCAAGAUUGCGUUUCUCCCCAGUCAGUAGGAGGAAAAGCAAAUUUGAAGCAAUUGCAAUGGCCGCAGUCACCCAGAAAUGUUUUGAUCCUAAAGAAAACUAUGGACUUGAAGGUCAAUCAGUGUUUCACAAGGCUAGUUGAGCAUUUGCAGUCUGCUUAUUCCAAUUUAUCUCUUAUUGUGGAUAAGGAUACCGCAGAGGAUUUUUCGCAGUAUAAACUGUAUAGCUGGGAUGAUGAGGCGGAUUUAGAAAAGAAAGUAGACAUCGUUAUCACAGUCGGCGGAGAUGGAACCAUUUUACAUGCUGCUUCUUUGUUUGCAAAAUCAGGUAUGCCACCUGUACUAUCAUUUUCUUUAGGGACCUUGGGAUUUCUUUUACCUUUUGAUAUUUCAGAUUUUCAAUCGGCAUUUGCAGAUAUGUAUUAUUCACGCUCAUAUGUAUUAAUGAGGAUGCGAUUAUCUUUGACAAUGAAAAGAAAUAAUUACGAUGAGACCAGUUUUAUCAUGAAUGAAAUGCAUAUUCAUAGAGGUCUCUCUCCGCAUAUGGCUGUUUUGAAAGUAUUCAUUAACGACAAAUUUCUAACUGAAGCAAUUGCUGACGGAUUGAUCAUAUCCACUCCUACUGGUUCAACCGCAUAUUCUCUAUCUUCUGGUGGGCCAAUUGUACAUCCGUCUAUAAAUGCUCUUUUGCUUACACCCAUUUGUCCAAGUUCUCUUUCGUUUCGGCCAGUUUUAUUUCCGGAUUCUUUUACCAUUAGUGUUGAAACAUCAGAAAAGUCCCGUGUCCGACCCCAGCUUUCGGUUGAUGGCCGUUUGCUUGGGUUGACAGAUAUUGGCCAACGUAUUCAUAUAUGCAGCAAGAAAGACAAUGGGAUUCCUUGUGUUAUUCGAAGUCAUAAAGAAGACGACUGGAUGAGCGAUAUCGUCGGCCUUCUUCGUUGGAACCAUCCUUUUGAUCGUAAAGGAUGGUAAGAUAUUUUCAAAAAAAAAAUAAAAGAAAGGAAAGGGAAAGUGGGUUUCUUGUUUUUUUGGUAUAGAUUUCCUGUAAAUUUAAAACAAAAGGAAGUUGUACAGUCAGUUUAUGGUUCAGCAAUUUCUGGUUCUUUUUGGUUCUUUAAUAUAGCGUUUUCAUAUUUAAUCGUAAAUUAUCCCUAUUUAUCUGUA